UGAUCAUGGGCGAGUGCAUUGCGGUUAAAUUACCAUUUCAAUGGCUAUAAACAUAGACAUGAAUAUCGAGGAAAAACUUAAUUUAAGUGCAAUCUUUUAAAUUGUGAAUCUGCAUCAGGGACAUGCCGCAGAAAGCGGCCUAUUUUCUCUGCUACUAGUAGCAUGUCUACGGUGGAAGCCUCUCGUUAGCGACACACACUGGACGCAGGAGGGGUGGAGUGGAAUGUCGUAAAGGUGACAACAGUGGCGUGGUAACUAAAGUGGGACAUCACAUCUCAUCUCCGUGUACUUGUAACGUCUCGGCGCGCCUAAACCUCGAAGAAACGAUGGAGCGGAAAAGGUGGGAGUGCUCGGCUCUCCCAAAUGGUUGGAAAAGGGAAGAAGUGACCAGAAAGUCGGGGUUGUCUGCGGGGAAAAGCGAUGUCUAUUAUUUUAGUCCCACUGGAAAGAAGUUUCGCAGCAAGCCACAGCUGGCUCGUUAUUUGGGUAACUCUAUGGACUUGAGUUCCUUUGACUUCCGUACGGGGAAGAUGAUUUUCAGCAAGCUCAACAAGAACCGCCAGCGGCUUCGCUACGACCAAAACAACCAGAACCGGGGCAAACCUGACUUGAAUACCUCACUGCCAGUCAGACAAACAGCCUCCAUCUUCAAACAGCCUGUAACCAAGGUCACCAAUCACCCCAGCAACAAAGUGAAGACGGACCCCCAAAAGGCUGUUGAGCAGCCGAGACAGCUGUUCUGGGAGAAGAAGCUGAGUGGGCUGAAUGUGUACGACAUUGCUGAGGAGCUCGUGAAGAACAUGGAGAUGCCCAAAGGCCUGCAGGGAGUGGGACCUGGCUACGCGGAUAAGACCCUGCUGUCGGCGAUCGCCAGUGCGCUCCACACCAGCUCGGCGCCCAUCACGGGCCAGCUGUCUGCCGCGGUGGAGAAGAACCCCGGCGUAUGGCUCAACACCACCCAGCCGCUCUGCAAGGCCUACGUGGUGACGGACGAGGACAUCAGGAAGCAGGAGGAGCUGGUGUGCAGCGUGAGGAAGAGGCUGGAGGAGGCCCUCAUGGCCGACAUGCUUGCGCAGAUCCAGGAGGCCACCAUUGGCGGGACCGCUCUCAAGGAUGAGGAUGACGACAGCGCAGAGGAUGAAGAGGAGGUAUAGCCCAGGUGAGAGGGCACGCCUUUA